AUGAGAGAUAUCACUCCCAACGCUUCCAAAGGACUAUUUCAUCUGACACAUGGAGGUAUUGCUGGCAUUAGGCCUCUAAAAUGUCUGGAGGGUACCCGGGUGCACUAUGAUGAAAGGAAAGGAGGCAUGUAUCUUCUCACAAUAUUACGUAUCGCAAUUCAUCUUCGAGGUUUCGAAGGUAAAAAGUCUGUUGCAGAAGCCUCACUGGCGCAUCCGCUUGCAGAAAACGGGAAUACCGGGAAAUGGUUCAGGAACGAUCAGUAUGGAGGAUUCCGGUAG